AAUUCUUGCUCUAAACAUAUACGCAGAAGCAAAGUGCAUGAUCCGAGACAAACAACUUAACUAAAACAAGACUUGCAGAACGUAGGUACCUAGGUGGAUAUCCACAAUAAGGAUAUACUACUAAUAAGACAAGAUAUGGCUAUGAUAGCCUAUAGGAUAGGUACCUACCUAACCCACGAGCCAAAAGAUGCAACAAAAGGCGAAAUAAUUCUCCCGAGCACUGACUAUCCACCAACCUAAUGCCGACAUAUACUAAUUGCGAUAUGGGACAACCCCUCAUUAGCCGGCAAUCAGGAACGCCAACCCCCUCCACCCUUGUUUAAGGCUUAAGGGUUAUACUAUGGUAGACGGUUAUGGAUUUCCACUUAUACACUUGCCUGAUUCCUUCACAACCCUCGGGAUAACUAUCUAGGUAAAUAUGGAUGGGCGGCAGAAUGACCGGCUCGCUACUGGUAGUCGUCAAAGCCUUUAGCAGCCGCCCUUCAAUAGGAAGAGGCUACGUCUAUGUCUAAAGGUGUCCUCACCUACCGUCGUAUUUCAAAUAUUUGUUUUCUAUCUCAGUAAAAACAACAGACUUCGUCACACCAUAGACACUGCUUCGUAUAGACUUACUUGGUGUUUUGGCUUAGAUUCUCGAUAUGUCCGAUUAUAGGGACUUGCGGAUUUCCGUCAUUGGCGCGGGUAUGGGCGGCCUCGCCUGUGCCCUCGCCUUCGCCAAGAAGGGGUUCAAGCAUAUCGACGUGUAUGAGACAGCUUCGAACUUAGGAUUCGUCGGAGCUGGCAUCCAGCUAGCUCCGAACAUGGCUCGGGUACUAGACCGUUGGGGUUGCUGGGACGGAAUCUUUGCUGAGGCUACUAACAUCAAAGCCUCGAGUAUCCGCGAGGGUUCGUCAAACCGUGAACUCGUACACGUCCAAAUGCCCGACAUUGCCGAGCAGUACGGAUAUCCUCAUUGCACGGGACACCGGGCGUCGCUGGCCGGGGGUUUAUAUGAGGGGUGCCAAAAGGAGCCUAGCAUCAAGUUCCAUUUCUCAACAUCGCUCGCCGAUAUAAUAUCCUUCGGACCGGACAAGGCCGUGUUCAAGGUAAAACCACGCAACGGCGAGCCGUAUGAAGUGGAGACGGAUGUCUUGCUCGGCGCCGAUGGAAUUAAAUCCGUAGUGCGGGCUGCCUUGCUCCGAACACUAAAUCUCAGUGGCGACAUUGAAGACACAGGACAGGCCGCGUACCGAAUCAUGCUUACCCGGUCCCAGAUGGAACAUGACCCUGAGCUUCUUGAGCUUCUUGACGCCGACGUUGCGCUGCGGUGGAUAGGCGAGAAGCGACAUAUCGUGGCGUACCCUAUCAGCAACAAGACCAUCUACAAUUUAUCGACGUGCCAGCCUGACGUUAACUUCGCCGAAGCGCCGAGUAUCACGUAUACGACACGGGGUAGCAAGUCAGCCAUGCUGAAUGUAUACGCCGACUUCCACCCUAUCGUGCAAAAGAUGCUAAAUAUGGUACCCGAGGGUGAGGUGUGCGAAUGGAGGUUGCGUUCCCACAGCCCUCUGGAUACCUGGAUCCUUGGUUCCGUUGCUCUGGUCGGCGACGCCUGUCAUCCCACGCUACCUCACCUCAGCCAGGGAGCUGCUAUGGCCAUCGAGGAUGGCGCAGUGCUAGCAGAAGUGGUAAGCCGAGCGCCAGGCGGCGGUUCGGACAGGGAAGCCCUUUCCAAGGCGCUCAAAGUCUACGAGCUACUGAGAAAGGAUCGAACGACGACACUAGUCGACCUAGCCGCGGCUUCCGCGCGAUCGCUACACCUAGGCGAGGGUAAGGCAAAGGAGGAGAGAGAUAAACAGUUUGCGAUGGGUAUGAAGAAGGGCACGCCCAUUCCCGAUAAGUGGGCUAGUCCCGAGGUUCAACAGAUGAUCUAUUCGUACGACUGCGUCAAAGAUACUGACGAAAGGUUCGACGAGUUGUACGCUACGCUCACGGGUAACCCUAAUAACGGCUACGCCAAUGGCCAGGCGAACGGUUACACGAACGGGCAUACGAACGGGGUAAUCGCAUAGAAGCUAGAAUCUAGGUACCUGUCAUAGUGCAUUAUAUAAAGGAGACAGAGGUAUGAACCAUGAUAGCGAAAUGUAGUAGUAGCAGCAGUACAUAUGGAAUUGACUCCUUGACGCGAUUGCUAUCGUUGGACUGCUCAGAAAUAGUACAACGCGAGGUAUAAUUACAAAAAUAACCUAUUCCGUAGGACCAAUAACGCCAGGCUCCCCUUCCAAUGGUUAUCGUGCUCGUUCCCUCCCUUCAGCUCC